UUGUGACAGCUGCAACCCUUAUCGUAUGCAUGCCACCGUUCCUGCUGUUCUCUUAUUGACAUACUUCCAGCCAAUUUUCAUGAUUUGGUUCAACGCUGAAUCAAUUUUACUUCUGCUCAGACAGGAUCCUGAAGUUGCGCACCUAGCUGCUGUCUACUUAAAAUGGGCUUCUUUGGGGCUCCCAGCAUAUUCUUUCAACUGCAUUUCGCGGCGCUACUUUCAAUCUCAAGGACUCUUCUCUGUGCCGACUAGGAUUAUUCUGGUUGUAGCACCGAUAAAUGCCCUCUUGAAUUACAUUUUGGUGUGGGGUCCCGAGCCCGUCAGGAUUGGUUUCAGUGGAGCUCCAAUCGCCACUGCUGUAUCCCUCAAUCUUAUUUCGAUCUCAUCAGCAGUAUAUGGCAUUUUUUAUGUCGAGAAGACCGCCUGGCAUCCUAUCUCAAGGCAGAGCUUUACUGGCUUGGGUUGUCUUGUGCGGCUGGGAAUCGCUGGCAUUGGCCAGAUCGCGUCUGAAUGGUGGUCAUGGGAGCUUAAUAACUUGGCCGCUAGUUUGCUCGGUACCGCUCCCCUAGCUGCCCAAUCCGUUCUACUUAUCUCAGCCUCCUGUACAUUCCAAGCUCCAUUUGCCCUGUCCUUGGCAGCGUCUGUACGGAUUGGGAAUCUUCUAGGUAAAAGGCAGGCGAGGCGCGCCGGUGUCUCCGCAUACGCCGCGAUCGUUCUUGCAGUUGCCAUUGCGCUAGUAUGGAGCACUAUGUUUAUAUCGUUCAGGCGGUCGUGGGCGCAUAUCGUCAAUGAUGACCCCGAGGUCGCAACAUUAGUGGCAUCCAUUCUACCACUUGUUGCUAUAUUCCAGAUCUUCGAUGGAAUCACCGCUGUCUCUGGUGGUAUCUUACGAGCACAAGGAAAACAAGUCAUUGGCGCGCUUCUCAACCUCAGUGGUUACUACGUCAUUGGUAUUCCUUUUGGUAUUUGGCUGACGUUCAAGAAGGACAUGGGUCUAGUGGGCCUGUGGGUGGGAAUCACGGUUGCUCUCAUUUAUUGCUCUGCCUGGGGCAUUUAUCUGUGUAUUACAGCCGACUGGAAGAAAGAGGUCAGGAAAGUUUUGGACAGGCUGGCUGUUGAGACCAAGAACACAGACGACGUUGUAGGAACUGAAGAAUCACGCUCCUGAUACCCAUCAAGAAUUAUCAUACUUAAAGUCGACUUACAAGACAAGUAUAAUCGGCGUCUGAUGGGUAAAAUACUUAUCCAAAUUUCAUGUGCAACGACAAGGCAAAAUUUGUGCGGAUCUAUCUUACAGAAGUUUUCGACAGCAGGUCAAUCAAGUUACUGAGACAUAAUCUCUUACUUCUCGCUGCC